AUGCUCUUGCACAGCGCCAGAACAUCUGCUCGGCGCAUCCUUGCGAUCCCGCCUGGCAUCAGAAUGGCGACAACCCACUCUUCGGCAACCCCCAUGGAGGACGCCAUGCGGGACAAGCUCGUCGCCGCAUUCACUCCGUCGACAUUACUCAUACGCAACGACUCGCACCUCCACUCGCAUCACGCCCCCAUGCGCGACAGCACUUCGAAAGAGACGCAUUUCCAUGUGACGAUUACAUCCCAAGAGUUUCAGUCAAAACCGCAGCCGGCUCGCCACCGCAUGGUGUAUGCCCUGCUCAAGGAAGAGAUGAGUCGCGAGGGAGGCAUCCAUGCGCUGCAACUGCGAACACGGACUGCCGAGGAAGAACAAAAACAAGCCGAGAGAGAACAAGUACAGUAA